UCUUUAUUUUCAAUUUUUUUGUUUACUUCUCGGUCGUAACUCGUAAUUUAUAUUUUAUUUGUUACACGCAAAAUUGCUAUUGCACUACAGCAUUGCUUAGUGCUUACUACUUACUGUACUGCGCAUAAAACAGGCGAAUAGUUCUAUUGUAGUACUAUCUGUGGACUGUGUUACUUACUAUUUUACUAGUUAGUAGGCUACCAAAUAUUGUCACUAUCGGAGUUUGGAAUUCAGAAAUCCUGUCCUUUGAACAAGUGGAUAAGGACCGUUGUUGAUACAAUUCAACGUUCAAGUACUCAAGACGCCUACGGUCCAUUCAUAGCUUAUCUUAUAGGAGUAGUGUCUAGAGUAUAUUAUAUUGUUCAAUCCGACCGAGACCUCGGCGUUUCCAAUCUUCAGGAACGAGUGUUCUACUCAGACUAUUCGCAAGAUCGUCGUUUAUAAUAUCGUUGUGAAAAAUAGACCAUGUACAACACAAGAAGUUCAAGUAGCAAUAGUCAAUGUAAUCAGUAUAAUAUCGGAAAAGUUGAAACUUUCAAACAACAACUUCCGCCCCCACAACAACCACCUCCAUCACUAUCGCUACAACAACCACCACCACCACCACCACCACAGCUACAACAGCAGCUAACAAUGCCUCCUGUGACAAAUUGUGUAACAAAUCCAAAUAAACAGAUAAAAGUUGAUGGAGACAAAUCAAACAAUGAGAAGACUGAUGUAAAAUGGCCAGUUAAACGUAAAAUUAGUAAGAAAGAACGGAAGAAGCGACUGAAUGCUAGAAUGCGUCGUUUAGUAUGUCCCAAAAGCCCAUUGAUGGUAUUUUCUGAGUUGUUCAAAGAUGUACCAAUUCACUUACAAGAGAAUCCACUUCAUAAUGUUAUGAGUUAUACAGCUACUCUUGAGAUUGAUGGUAAAUUGUAUUCUGGAAAUCAUAUUUCCAAGACUCAAGCCAAACAGAAGGCAUGUGAAAACUUCUUGCGUAUUAUGUUGGCAAAAAAAAUAAAUGAACGAACUGAAAAAAAAGAAGAAUCUCCCAUGAAUGUUGAGACAGAAGCUGGAGAAAACGGUUCAGUAUCUAAAGCUAAAGGACCCCCUCAAGAGGAUUUCCCAUGGCCACAUUUUGCUUCUUUAGCUAUGCAUAACUUAAUAAAUCACUGGGAUCUACAGCCUGCUGUUACAAGAACUAAUUCUGUACAAGAAGCAUUAACUGUCAUCAAACCACAACCUAAGACUGGUGCUAUGAGAAAGUUUCCUGAAAACCCGCAAAACUGUAAUCCAAUACAGUUAAUAAAUCAAUUAAAGCCAGGUGUAAAAUUUACUGAAGUUGUAAUAAGUGCAAAGACUCCAUCACUCUUUCAAGUAACAUGUGUAAUAGAUGAUAUUCCAUUUAGUGGACAAGGAUCAACAAAAAAAGCAGCCAAAAAGGAAUGUUGUAUUGCAGCAAUCAAAUAUUUUUGGAAAUUUGAUUUCCAUGCCAUAGAUAAUAAUUAACUUAUUAACAAUUCAUCAUGUUUAUAAAUUAUAAUAAUAUACAUUUGUGUACUAGAUAUUUUUAUUAGUCACUUGUAUUUAUUUUUUUUUAUUAUCUAUUAGAAUACUUAUGAGAUCAUUAUUAUACGGACAUAGUAUUAAUUUUAAUUUUAAUAUUUAUUUUUGUUUCUUCAUAAAAAUAUCAAGUUAAUUAAUAUACUUAAUGUAUGUUGAAUUAGAACCCCCCCUACCCCUAUUUCUAAAGUUUAUCAGUUAUAUAUAUAAGUUUAUGUUUAUACAAAUUGUUUGACUAUUAAUAUACUUGGGAUAAAAUAUUACUUAAAAUAUUACAAAUUACAUAUUAGAAUCUAUACAUUCAGAUUAGAAAUUUGCCAUUUUGUUGCUAUCGUAUACUCAGCCAUCAAUUUCCCAGGCAACAACUGCCCUUGAAAAUUGAAUGUCAUAAUUUUUUUGAUAGAAGUAAUUAACAUAAAUAUUAACCUCAAAAUUCUAAUCCUGUAACUACCACUCAGUGUCUUAAGAAAUGAUUAGUUAGGAUUGCUCACGCUAUUUUAUCUAAGAUGGAAAUGGACAAAAAGGAAUUUUCUAGUACUCCGAAUAAUAUCUCAAGGCAGCUGUUCUCGAAACUAUUAUUUUGGGGUACCACUUAGGUCAGGGGUCUCCAACCUUUUUUUACGGUGAGCCAAAUUUGGUAUAUGCUUUGGCAUCGCGGGCCAAAAUUUUUAGAAAUGUGUUGUCUAAAAAAAAAAAAAAAAAUUGUUGUCUAUCUAGGAAUAGAUAGGUUGUUAUGAAACUAAGAAAUAGAUAAGA